AGUGGGAGUCAAUGAGAAGAGAAAUACAACGGUCUUACAGCUAAUAAUGAGUGGGAGUCAAUGAGAAGAGAAAUGCCACGGUCUUACAGCUAAUAAUGAGUGGGAGUCAAUGAGAAGAGAAAUACAACGGUCUUACAGCUAAUAAUGAGUGGGAGUCAAUGAGAAGAGAAAUGCAACGGCCUUACAGCUAAUAAUGAGUGGGAGUCAAUGAGAAGAGAAGAGAAAUGCAACGGUCUUACAGCUAAUAAUGAGUGGGAGUCAAUGAGAAGAGAAGAGAAAUGCAAUGGCCUUACAGCUAAUAAUGAGUGGGAGUCAAUGAGAAGAGAAAUGCAACGGCCUUACAGCUAAUAAUGAGUGGGAGUCAAUGAGAAGAGAAGAGAAAUGCAACGGUCUUACAGCUAAUAAUGAGUGGGAGUCAAUGAGAAGAGAUGCAACGGCCUUAACGCUAAUAAUGAGAUGGAGUCAAUGAGAAGAGAAAUGCAAACGGUCUUACAGCUAAUAAUGAGUGGGAGUCAAUGAGAAGAGAAAUGCAACGGCCUUACAGCUAAUAAUGAGUGGUAGUCAAUGAGAAGAGAAAUGCAACGGCCUUACAGCUAAUAAUGAGUGGGAGUCAAUGAGAAGAGAAAUGCAACGGCCUUACAGCUAAUAAUGAGUGGUAGUCAAUGAGAAGAGAAAUGCAACGGCCUUACAGCUAAUAAUGAGUGGGAGUCAAUGAGAAGAGAAAUGCAACGGCCUUACAGCUAAUAAUGAGUGGUAGUCAAUGAGAAGAGAAAUGCACCGGCCUUACAGCUAAUAAUGAGUGGUAGUCAAUGAGAAGAGAAAUGCAACGGCCUUACAGCUAAUAAUGAGUGAGAGUCAAUGAGAAGAGAAUUACUGGUGUGAGGAAAUGGCUAACAGCGUGAGUGUGAGUCACACAUGUCCUCAUGCAUCUCCUCACACACAUAACUGCUGAUGUCUCUCUUUCCUUUAUAUGUCACUUAGGCAAUGGAAUCCUCUGACUUCAGCGGUGAUGGGCCUGUUUUAAAAAAGCUGAUUUUAAUUAACAGUUAUUCUUCUCACACGAGUGUAGGAUCAUCACUUACUGCCUUUUCACCUUGGCCAGUGCACUGCGCAGACACACAAUGUAUCGUAAGCCAAUGGGUGUAUUAUAGGCCUAUGUAUUACAAUAAUGCCAUUACAAAUUAUGAUAUAAUAUGAGAUGUACUGUAUUUGAAAUGUGUUAGCUUAACUGUAUAGUACUGCAAACUAUUGGGGAAAUUCUUAGUGGUCUUAAAAUAAAUUAAUGACACCGUGACAUUAUGAAACCAAAACAACUUCCUCCUCGCCUCUUCUUCCAUCACACCUUCAUUCCCUCUGUUGUGUCUGUUGAGCAUGCUUCUAGUGAUUGGUCUGGACAGAAUGCUCCUGCUGUGUACUGUGAUUUUUGGCUUCUGGAGGGACAUCCAUGCUGUGUCCCCCGUGCCCUCCAUUCCAAACCGUGUCCCUGCCUUGGUAGGCUCCUGCGUGGUCAUCCCCUGCUCCUUCACUCCUUCAGCCUCUCAUUCUGCCCUGGGCAGGCAGGGGAGAGUGGUGGGCGUGAGGUUGCGCUACAAGACUAGUCACAUCUCCAUCCUGCAGAGUACAGCUUUCAGUACGGACGACAAAUCCACAGUCAACAGGGAGUUCCUGGGCCGGACAUCCCUACGGGGAAACAUGGACGAUGGAGACUGCUCUGUAAUGAUUGACAGGGUCCACCUGGCUGACUCCAAUGUUUAUGAGCUGGCGUUGAAGGGCCAUGGACAGAAUGACUGGGGGAAUGCGAGGGGGGUCAACAUCGUUGUGUCAGAGUCCCCAGAGCUCCCAGUGAUCAGCGGUGUGGGGGCAGCUACAGAAGGACAGAUGGUGUCACUAAACUGCAGCAUCAGUUACUCCUGUCCCUCCCAGGCCCCCACCCUCCAGUGGCGGUGGGAGAGAGGAGCUCAGGAGAAAAGCAGCGAGUACGGGGAGCUGCAGGUACUCCAGCCCCAGGGCCAGGGGCCUACACUACGGACCUCUCUUACCUUUAUCGCAUCGUAUCGCAUCAAACCCAGAAUGAGGUGUGAGGCAGUAUAUCCAGGAGGAAGAAGAGUAUACACCGUAAAGGAGCUCCAUGUGACAUUUCCUCCAAAAGAUAUCACAGUCCAGGCCCAUACCUUGACUGUCCAGGAGGGGUUGAACGUGUUACUGGCCUGCUCCUGUAAAGCUGACCCGCCUGUGACAGAGUACAGGUGGUCAUACACCCAACAUGGGCUAACUGUAGACCUUCACCAGCGCACACACACGGUCCGGGUGUACAAUGUGACCCGAGACAUGAGGGUCCGCUGCACAGCCCAGAACCUAAUUGGACGGGCAGAGUCCAAAUCGACUUCCUUAAACAUUCAAUACAAGCCUGUCAUCCUCCAACUCUCCUCCUACUGUGUUGUGAAGGGGUCGGAGGUUCUGUGUCGCUGUUCUGUGGACUCCAACCCCCGGCCAGGCGUAACCUGGAGUGUCAACGGUAGUGUUCCACCAUACAGUUACAACACAUCAGUAGGCUCAGAGAACGGUACACUAACAGCCAUGCUGAGGGGCCACAUGGAAACUCCACUGAGGAUAGUCUGCUUCGCCAUUAAUGCACUGGGCAACGACUCCCACACACUGCUUCAGGCAGAGGACGGUUCUCUGCUGUGGAAAGUGAUACCUGCAGUAUGCAUCUCUUUGGCCACCUUCCUCCUCUCUCUACUUCUCCUGUUCUGCUGUCGAAAGAGUUCAGCAAAACGUGUGCUGACCUGCAGACCUCUGGUGUAUCCUGGGGACAUGGGUAUCUACCAGGAUCAGAUGCCCCUCUACAUCAACUGCACUGAGGUCAACAACAUCUACACCAAUGGCAGUUACCAGCUGGUGUACCAGAACUGCACCCCUCUUUUCGUCCGGACCAAACAGACACAUCCUAUGGGGAGGCGAGGUGGGGAGAGACGAGGGGGAGAGAGGAGAGCCUGA